AUGGUCGGCGCAUUCUUUGGUGCUGUCCUGAUCCACGUCGUCAUGGGAUACCUACAAAACAUGAUCGUCGGACGCGUCGCCGAGCAUCUUCUGAUCGAUCUCCGCCGCGCGAUGUACGAGCACCUGCAACGCGUCUCCAUGUCCUUCAUGGACAAGACCGAGGUCGGACGCAUGAUGUCCCGACUCCAAGGCGACGUCGGCGCGCUCCAAGAAUUCCUCGAAACUGCAGUCACCAGCGUCGGCGACUUUGUCCUCCUUUUCGGCAUCAUCAUUGCCAUGCUCAUCAUGGACUGGCGAUUGGCGUUGCUCACAUUCGCCGUCGUCUCUAUUCUCGCCAUCGCUCGCGCGAUCUGGUUGCCGAUAGCUCGGCGCGCUUUCCUCUAUUCCCGACAGACGGCUUCGAUCACCAGCGGGGCGCUCGCAGAGAACAUCAACGGCGUCCGCGUCGUUCAGGGAAUGAGUCGAGAGCAUGUCAACCUCGAUCUCUUCAAGGAGAAGGCCGACGAGCAACUUCGAGCGGCGAACCGCGCCGCUCGAAUCGGCCUAGUCAUGAUCGCUCUCGUCGAUACGCUCUCAGGAUCCGCAAUGGCAAUCAUCAUCGUCGUCGGUGGUUCGAUGGUCAUUAACAACUCUCUAGAAAUCGGUUCGAUGCUCGCUUUCAUCCUCUAUGUCCAGCUCUUCUUCGACCCCAUUCGCUCCAUCACCAUGCAUUACGCCGUCUUCCAACGCGCCAUGGCAUCCGGCGAACGCAUCUUCGAAGUCUUGGACGUUCCCGUCGAUAUCACAGACAAAGAAAACGCGGAACCCCUCAAUGACAACGACGGGUCCGUCGAGUUCAACGACGUAACUUUCGGAUACCUUGAAGACGAACCGAUACUCAAAAACAUAACGUUCCGCGUCGAACCCGGCGAAACCGUCGCAUUAGUGGGGCCAACAGGUUCUGGCAAGACCAGCAUCACUUCGCUUCUCCAUCGCUUUUACGACAUAUGGGAAGGCGAGAUUAAGAUCAGCGGCAAAGAUGUUCGUGACAUUGAACUCAGCAGCAUGGGCGACAACAUCGGUAUGGUGCUCCAGGAACCAUACCUCUUCUCAAGCUCCGUCUACGAAAAUAUCCGAUACAACAAACUCGACGCUACUCGCGAAGAGGUAGUGGCCGCCGCUCGCGCCGUCGGUGCCCACGAGUUCAUCAUGCGAUUGCCUGACGGGUACGACACUGAACUUGAGCAGCGCGGCUCAAACCUCUCACUCGGGCAACGCCAGCUUAUCUCCUUCGCCCGCGCGAUCGUCGCUGACACCAAGAUUCUCAUCCUCGACGAAGCCACCGCCUCAAUCGAUAGCUACACCGAGCUACUGAUCCAGCAAGCGCUCGGACGCCUACUUGAAGGCCGAACCGGCAUCGUCAUCGCGCACCGACUCGCCACCAUACGCGGCGCUGAUCGCAUCCUCGUCCUCCAAAACGGCGAAAUCAUCGAGACAGGCAAUCACGACGAACUGAUGGCGCACCGCGGGCUAUACGCACGCCUUUACUCCAUGAACUACGCUUCGUUCGAUGACAUCCCCGACGAGUUGAUCGCCGAGGCGAUGGAAUACUCCAGAACCGCGGCAACCUAA